CAGAGAACACCUGAGACACAUAGACCUUUCUAUUCCUUUCUAAAACUGAUUGUUUUUGUGUCGGUAGCUGGCUCUGACAAACAAUAGGACUGCUCAAUCAAUGUGCAUGGUGAGGAGGAUCUAGAAGAGGUAACAGAGCACCUGGAGGCGCUCGUGAAACUUUGAUGAGAGUCCGCCUGGAAUUUGGAGCAGCAGUGGUCGUCUUUAAAGACCGAGGAUCACAGACCCCUGACCAUCUCUACAGAGGAGCAAAUAAUCCCAAAGCAGGAUAAUGUGAGUCAUGCUGUGGUACAGAUGUGAUGUCCUCCUCGCUCUCUUCGUCUGGCCCCUGGCCUCCCUCACCAUGUCCCCGUGUCCCCCUGGCUGCUGCUGUCCUGGCCCGGGUUUUCUGGUCCUGUGCGAGUCUCUGGGUCUCAGGUCGCUGCCCCGCUCGGUCCCUCUCAGCACUUCCGCUCUGUCCAUGGCCAGAAACCAGCUCUGCAACGUGGACCACCUUCUCCAGGCCUUCUCCGGCCUGCAGGAGCUCAGCCUCAGCCACAACCUGCUGGCCCGCUUCCCCCGCGGCUUGCCCCCCAGCCUGGAGUCCCUGCUGCUGCAGGAGAACCGCAUCACUUACAUCACGUCAGGAGUCCUCAGGCAGCUGAGGAACCUAACCCGCCUCCAUCUGGAGGACAACCGAAUCCGUGCCAUCCAGCCCGGAGCGCUGCUGGGUCUGAAAAAGCUGCAGCUCCUGACACUGAAGGGGAACAAGCUCACCAGCCUCCCCCCGAGUCUCCCGCCAUCGCUGACACAUUUGGACCUGUCGGAAAACUGCAUCUCCUCUCUGGAUCUUCCCUCCCUCGCCGCCCUGGUCAACCUGCAGGUCCUGCAGAUCAACAGCAACUGCCUGCGCUCAGUGCCUGAAAACACCUUCGACAGCCUGCCACGCCUCAGGUCCGUGGACCUAACCAACAACCUGUGGGUGUGCGAGUGCGACAUCUUGUAUCUGUACCGCUGGCUGCUGAGCGGCAGACUGAAGAUGGCUACAGAUCUGGUGUGCAAAGAGCCGGUCCACCUCGCUCAUCGCCUGCUGCUCAAUCUCUCCAUUGUGUCCAUCUGUCCACGUGUCCUAAAGCCAAAUGAGAAGAUGCACCUGCCCGUCGUCGCUUCUGUGGAGGCAGUGAGAACAUCAGAUCCAGGUUCAUAUGAAAACGGGGAUGAUUUGCAGUGGAAAAGGUUGAAAGAAGCCAUUGUCACAAACGAACAAAACCUCCAGGAUGCUCGGGUUUUACCCUACUCCUUCGAGACUCUGACCUAUGAGGAGUGUUUAUCCUUCAACAUGUCUCCAUCAGCCACUCCCACUGACCUGAAAACUACAUCUUUUCCAAAGGACCAGGGAUGCAGAGAAAACAUGACAUCUCCCUACCCUCAAGGCAAUGUGUCCUCUCCUGCUGGGACACAGUCAGGACUGUCCACCAACAGAGAGGAGACCGUCCCUCCUGUGAAUCCCCAGCAGUCCCCCCACAGCGACUCGAAGGUGAUCGUCUCUCUGCUCGCCCUGCUGUGUGUGCUUCUGGUUCUUGUGAUGCUGGCAGUGCUAACCCUGCUGAGAAAGGUUCUGGUGCGCCAGCAGAGAGUGGCGCCGGCAAACGAGCGAUCUGUUGGAUGAAAGCAGCGGACACACCGAGGAGGUUGA